UGGGGGCUGUGCUUUUAAAGGCGCUAGCCGGCCCGCCCUGGAACUUGAUUGCUGCUGCCUCUUCUGAGCUUGCUCCCGCGCUUUCGGCGUCCAGGUCACCUCACCAGUAUGUCUCAGGCUGACUUUGACAAAGCUGCUGAGGAGGUGAAGCGCCUCAAGACCCAGCCAACUGAUGAAGAGAUGCUGUUCAUCUACAGUCACUUCAAACAAGCGACUGUGGGCGAUGUAAAUACAGAUCGGCCGGGGCUGUUGGACCUCAAGGGCAAAGCCAAGUGGGACGCAUGGAACAAGCUGAAAGGGACUUCCAAGGAAAGUGCCAUGAAGACCUACGUGGAGAAGGUAGAAGAGCUGAAGAAGAAAUACGGGAUAUAAACGGCCAGAUUUGGUGGCCAGCCACAUGUGUGACCUGUGAGGACAUAAUGCCUUGUUCUUUUUCUAAUGUAGAUCAUAGGGCUCUGAUGCACUAGGGCCAGAGUUAUCCCCCGCUCCUUCUUCCCGUGUAGUUUUUACCUGAGAUCAAUUAAAAGUACAUUUGUUACUCUA